CCCAACUCUUUCUCCACGCCCCUAUCGCGGGAUCGCGGAGAUGUAGGAUGCCACAGGGGCCCAAAGGCAAGGUGCUGAAGUCUCCGGUGAUCCACGGCGAGCCGGAGGAGGAGCUUGAGAGCCAUGAGGAGGACGUGCUCGGGGAGGACCUGAAGAGCGAGUCCGAGUCGGUGCUGGGCGAGUUGGGUGCAGGCGUGCUCCGUCCCGCCUGGGUGGCGCCACCGCCCCUGGCGCCGGCGGGGGACCUGCAGGGCGCCAGUUUCGAGGACCUGAUCUUGCCAGGAUCUGCCCUCCUGCCACGUGUGGAGCCUACUCAACAUGCCGAGCCCGCGGAGGCUAACCUUCUCACUGGUGCAGGAUUCGCGGUGGUGGUGACACCUGCCCAGGAGGAGCCCGGCGGCGUGGCGCGGACCUCCUGGCAGGGGGCUGCUACCCUGCGAAGGGAAAUGCAGCAGGGGGCUGCAACCCUGCGAAGGGACAUGCAGCAGGCCUUUGACAUUGAAGAAGAGGCUGAGGAGUUUGCGUUUCCGUCCUUGCAGCUGGAGGUGGACGAUCUCCAGUCCUGCAUGAGCGGCUCCGACGCGGAGCCGGGACUGAGCGUCGAGACCUUCAAGGAGGUGGUGGUGGAAGAGGAUGAGGUCUGGGGGGUGGAUCAGCUGGUAGACCAGGCACUUCUGCUUGGGGACGAGGACGAGAUGCCCGCAGCAGAUGACACCCUGAGGGAGGUACAGAAGGGGGUGUCGACCUAUCGAAUGAUUCGCAACUUCCGGAACCGAAUUUGGUCUGAGACGUUCGGCUACAACAAGCAAGAGAUGCUGUUUGCGCCGUUCCUGAAGCUACAGGAUGAGAACGUCGCCAGCAGUUUGGCCGACUGGCAUUUAAACCCGAUGCGCCUCCAGCGGCUCCGCUCGGAGUCGGAAGACCCGCAGCGCCUGAGGAAGGUCUUGGAUCAUCUGCAGGGCCUCGGCGCUUCAGGUGAAGCAGAACAAGAUCGCUUGCGAGGCAAACGCCGCUUGCGCUGGCAAGGCUUUCUUCCCGUGACGGGCACCUUCCAAAAGGGCGGAGUGGACUACUUCUAUGUGGACAUGGCCAAAGGCCCGUACUGCAUCUUCGCCGACAAGGCGAUGGUCAUGGAGGUUUGGCGGGACAGCCGCAUGGUCCAUGUGGGGGCAGCAAUCCUGUGCAAUGACUGGAAGUUGGACCCGGUGCUGCCGGCGCUCUACGGCGCCUACGGGCGCCUGGUGGCCGCGGGGGCGGUGCAGAGCGGGGACCAGGUCGCUUUCCCCGGGUGCCGGCAGUUCCACAAGAACUUCCAGGAGUUCACGGAGACGUGCCUCAAGGAUGGAACCUGAAAAGGCAGCCCAUUCGCCCGUGGGUCUAGGUGAGAAGCGGUCAAUGGCAUCAGCCCCAU